AUGUCCCUCUGGACAAUCAGCCUCGUCACACAGAUCCUGUGUCUGGCGCUGGUAUCGGCAUUUGUCGCGCUACGGGGGGUUGUAGCGUGGAGGUUUAAGAAGGGGGUUGAUGUUGAGGAUGAGAUGAAUGUGUUGGCUAAUGAGUUGAUAGGGUUUUGUUUUGUAUCGUUGGUAUAUACACCACCCUACACUACCCUACCCAUAUCCAUACUGAGUAUAGAAGGAGAGAGACUGAUAUAG